CAGCAUUUUUUGGCCUUAAAUGUUUUCCUAUAAUGUUACCAAGACUCUGACAGAAGGAGGAAACGCCACCAAGACGACUCUGAAUCGGCUUCUGCAAACUUCCCCUGUCCGACCUGCGAAAAGGUGUGUCGAUCCCGCAUUGGAUUGUUUGGACACCAGAAACAUUGCUCAGGCAACACACCAUAAAUCGUCUGUGAUAGACGUAAAGGCAAUGAUGAUGAAUGUUACCAAUUGCGCUAUAUUGAUGCGAAUCGACAACACAGGAUUUUUUCGACGCCACAGGAAGAAACAAAGCUCGGUUUGUUUUACAGCAAUAGUUAGCAGCUUUACUUUAAUCCUGAAGGAGUGAUAACGACGUCAAUAUUUUAUGCAUCUCCGGAUUUACAUUUUACAUUUAAGAAGAAAUACAUACAUUUAAUAAGCAAAAAUGAUCUGAAUUUGAAGCAGGUAGAAAAACCUGGAGUAAAAGACAUUAAGGGUGCUGUGGAUACGUUCGACCAAAUGUGUGGAAGUAUGUCUUGUAAUAGAAAAACGCAAAGAUGGCCUUUAUGCUACUUCUAUGGCAUACUCAACUAAUAAACUAAUUCAUUCAAAUAAUAAACUCAUACGUAAUAUACGUCCAUAAUAAUGUGGAACUGGGGCGAAAACCAAUAAGCAGACGAUGUUUUGUGAAGAAUGAUUCAGAGAAGUUGACCGAACCAUGGUUACGUAAAAGACACGAAAUGCCUACUUUGCAGAGUUGCCUAAAAAGAAAAAUCGACGAAAUUGACACACCUGUAGUAUCUACCAUGAGUUUAAGCACACGAUACGCGCUAGCGAUUGUAGAAAGCGGUUUGUAUGAAAUUUCGUACAGCGCCCCUAGUGUGCCGUAGUGGAACUAAAAAGCCUACCAUGAGAUGCAAUAGUAUACUACAGUAGAUAACGUAUAGUAAACUGUAAUACACUCGCUGUAGUAACCAUACAAUUUUUGCACCAUGAGUUCUAAUUUUGACAUAUGUCAUAGUUUAUAACUAUCCGACAAUAGAUACGUCAUUCACGGUAAAUAAUCUCGUGAAAGAUCAGUGAACUCGCUUAAAUUUACUUGUUCAGUGGCUUAAAUUGUAAAAAUAAGUUAAAAAUGUCUGCACGAGCAUAUUUCGCUUUUAAUAUGCUAGAAGAGGCCGAAUUAGCUGACGGGCGAAAUGCUCAAAAGAGACAUGAGGCUCACAUGCGAUCCCAAAUGGACCCUUUACGGUAUACUACUGAGCGUCGAUUUGUUAAACUUUAUCGGCUCUCAAAAUUAGCUUUUGUUGAUUUGUGUGAGCUUUUGCGUCAACAUACAAGCCUGAAAUCUACGCAAAGGACUUCCCUUGAAGCAAAAGUACUGUGUGCACUACUUUUUUAUGCUAAAGGAGGUUACCAAUGUACUAUUGGAGAGGACAAUCAUUGCUCCCAAGAAACAAUGAGUGUGUAUAUUAACGAAGUAACCACAGCAUUAACACACCCAAACAUUUUGAGGAGAUACAUAAAAUUUCCAGCAUCACACCUUGAGAGGGAUGAGAUUAAAUAUAGGUUUGUGAUGCUAACUGCAGAAUAUUAGCUGUUAAUCCCAAAUUCGGAGGAGCAACUCACGAUGCAUUUAUUUGGGAAAACAGCAAUAUUAAUACCUACAUGCAAGCAUUGCAUAGAGAAAAUGAACUUGCAUGGCUUUUGGGUAGGUAACAAUAAUUGAAAUGACUUAUAAGAUUGUCUCUAUUUCCGUUCUACCACAAAUAAAUAAUAAAACACUAUUUGAAUCCAGACAA